AUGAUGUCGAUGAACAGCAAACAACCUUUCAGUAUGCACCCCAUACUCCACGAGCCCAAAUACACUCCACUGCACUCCAGCUCGGAGGCCAUCCGCAGGGCCUGCCUGCCCACACCAUCGCUUCAGGGCAACAUCUUCGCCGGCUUUGAUGAGACUUUGCUGCAGAGAGCCGAGGCUCUGGCCGCUGUGGACAUUGUGGCCCAGAAGAGUCAUCCGUUCAAACCAGACGCGACCUACCACACCAUGACCACCAUGACCAGCAUGACCUGCACCCCGACCUCCUCCUCCGCGCACCUGCACCACCCGUCGGUGCUCAGCUCCCACCACCACCACCACCCGGCGCACCACCAGCCGUCACAGGGCCUGGAGGGAGACCUGCUGGACCACCUCACACCGGGCAUCUCUUUGGGAGGCAUGGCCGGCUCGGACGUCUGCUCCACUGCCUCUCACACCGCCCACGCAGCCCACAUGUCGGCCAUCAACCACAUGCAGCACCACCAUCACUCACAGUCCAUGAACAUGCACCCACACGGGCUGGGGUCCCACAGCUCCUUGGGGACUGGCUUAGACUCGGAGCCCGAUCCUCGGGAACUGGAGUCGUUCGCCGAGAGGUUCAAACAAAGGAGGAUCAAACUCGGGGUGACCCAGGCGGACGUUGGCGCGGCCCUGGCCAACCUUAAGAUCCCCGGGGUCGGGUGUCUGAGCCAGAGUACCAUCUGCAGGUUCGAGUCCCUGACGCUGUCGCACAACAACAUGGUAGCCCUUAAGCCGAUCCUGGAGGCCUGGUUGGAGGAGGCGGAGCGGGCGCAGAGGGAGAAGAUGGCCAAGCCGGAGAUCUUCAACGGGGGCGACAAAAAGAGGAAACGAACGUCCAUCGCCGCCCCCGAGAAGCGCUCCCUGGAGGCUUAUUUCGCCGUGCAGCCGAGGCCCUCGUCGGAGAAGAUCGCCGCAAUCGCCGAGAAACUGGACCUGAAAAAGAACGUGGUCCGGGUUUGGUUUUGCAAUCAGAGGCAAAAGCAGAAACGGAUGAAGUUUUCUGCGACGCACUAA